AUGAGGAGGGGAGAUUUGAAGGAUUCGAAAUAUGUUUUCUCAUUUAAUCUCAACGUUCAGGUUGUGGUGCUAAAAAUUCCUCAACAUACUAUAAUAGAAAUGUAUUUGAAUAAAUUAAAAGUUCCUUCUUUUGAAUCUGGUUCGAAUGUCAAAUAUGAGAAAUUAGUUUCAAAUAACAUUAAACACAUUAAAGCUGAUAUUUUAUACAUACAACACAAUGUUGGAGAUUUGAGUAACAAGUUUUAUUCGAAUAAGUUACUUGAGACUUUGAGGAACAAAUUGGAAAAUGUAAACUCUCUAAUUAGCGUAACGAAAGGUUAUCUUGUGGAAUGGGAGCUCCAAAUACAGCAAUCUCCAAAUUUACAAUAUAAUGAAAAUAAUUAUCAAAAACUCUACAACCAAUUUCAACGUGAAAUUACCCAUAUCAACAACUUAUCAGAUAUGAUUAAUAGUGGUAGCAGUAGUUGUAGUACCGCUAUAGAUUCUAAUAGUUCUAGAACCUAUACAAAUGAUGUGUACGAUGAGUUCAUUUAUGAUAAUAAUAAUACCGGUGAUAUUUUAAUUAAUGAAGAGUUAAUUCCAUUAUUUAAUUUAAAUGAUAAAGAACUACUUCUCUCUGAUUCCAUUGUUAAUAUACGUAAUAAUAAUAUUAAACAAAUUAAAAACCAAAUCUUACAAACGUAUGAUAUUUUUAAUGAUAUUUCAAGUAUAAUAAGUGUACAAGAGGAAGGAUUAAGUAAAGUAGAGGACAAUGUUUCCAAGAGUAAAAAUAAUUCUGUAAACAUAUUAAGUGAAUUAAAACAAAGUAAUAAAAAGAAUAAUAAAAGGAGGUAUGUGCUAUGGCUUAUCGUGCUCUCAAGUUUAUUAUCGUACUGUGUUUAUUUCAUUUACACUUACUUGAUGCCUCUAAUGUUAUAA